AGCGACUCUAAGCAGCUAUGGCGACGGCGGCGGAGAAGUCAACGAAAGAGCGACUGCUGUCAGUUUUGGAUGAUUUGGAGGUUUUAUCCCGGGAGCUCAUCGAGAUGCUGGCUCUGUCCAGGAGUCAGAAACUUCCCCAGCCCGGAGAGGACACUCAGGUCCUGGAGCUGCUGGUGCAGAGGGACAGGGAGUUCCAGGAGCUGAUGGAGGUGGCUCAGCAGCAGGGGAAGGUGCACCAGGAGAUGCAGCUGCUGGAGAAGGAGGUGGAGAAGAGAGAUAGCGACAUUCAGCAGCUCCAGAAGCAGCUGAAGGAGGCCGAACACAUCCUGGCCACUGCAGUUUACCAGGCCAAAGAAAAACUAAAAUCUAUCGAUAAAGCCAGGAAAGGAAGCAUCUCCUCAGAAGAAAUCAUCAAGUACGCUCACAGGAUCAGUGCGAGUAACGCUGUGUGUGCUCCCUUGAACUGGGUCCCAGGUGAUCCUCGCAGACCCUACCCCACAGACCUGGAGAUGCGCAGUGGGAUGCUGGGUCACAUGGCCAACCUUCCCACCAACGGCGUGAACGGCCACCUGCCCGGUGACGCUCUGGCUGCUGGGAGGCUUCCAGACGUCCUGACGCCUCACUACCCCUGGCAAUCCUCAGACGUCUCCGUGGGGAUGCUGCCCCCUCACCACGGCAACGACUUCGGCCUGGAGCCUCCGGGUCACAACAAGGAGAACGAGGACGACGUGGAGGCCAUGUCGACGGAUUCCUCCAGCAGCAGCAGCGACUCGGACUGAACCACAGAGACUGAGAGUGUGUGUGUUUGUGUUUGUGUGGGGUCACCAACUUCUUCUCUGGUCAUUUAUACUGCAGCCGCGAGCUGGACUCAUGGGAGGACAGAACUUGAUUUAAAGGACCAGUCUGAUAUUUUAUAAUGGUUUUCUGCAGGUAAACUUUGAGCUGCAGCACGUCUCCGCUGCUGAAGUUCAGUCUGGGUUUAAGAUUUGAUUUGACAGUAACAGAGUAGCUCUUCCCUAAAAUGGAAAGAAAUUAAUUUGAAGAUAAAAACAUUUAUUACCAUGAUGUCAGCUCAGCUCUUCAGGACUCUAUUUCAUUUUUUAAAAAGUGCCAUUUCAUUUAGAGAGCUUUAAAAGAGGCAGUGAGAUUAAAACAGAAGGCUGUAUGAGUGUGGACUGCUCAUAUCAGCAUCACAAGUCGUCUUCUGUGGAUUUCAUCUGAAGGACAGCCGUCGUUUUGUUCCCCACUCUGUGUUCUGGCUCUUUGUGGGAUAAAGGAUCCAGGUGUUUAACAGUUAUAGCCUAUAGAUGUUAUAGCCUGCCUUUCUCCAAAGAGAUAAUCCGGGUCAUACUGAAGGAUUUAAUGUGCAGAGAAUUUGAAGCUCAAAAGAGUCGAACAAAUCUUCUCCCGCAGAAAACGUUUUCAGAGAGAUUCUACUGUUGGCACAUCGCAGAGGGAAUGAAGCAGCGUGUGAGGGUUUCUGUGUGUGAAUGCUAAGAUCAACACCAACCUCAGAUGAUUAACCACAAAGAUUAACCACAACUGGAUUCAACACUUAGUGUGGGUUAAAACAAAACCGGUAAGCUUUUUAUCAUGGAGCUGGAAUGAGGAUUUUUUUAAAACCUUUGACUAAAUGCAGUUAGCAUAAAGUUUAAAACAAACUGAAAGAAAAGGACAAACUGAUGAAGAUGACGUCUGAGCUCUGAGCCCAGACUGAGGCUCAAUCAGAAACCAAACCCAGAAUGUGAGCUCUCGUCCUCGUUGGUGACUCGUGUUUGAAAUAAAUAUGUGACGUUAUGUUUCAUAUGUGUUAGUUGGAGCAUGUUGUCCAGAUUAACCUUUUGUGUACAUACGGCUGUACAUACCCGCCUUGUAAAUAAACACUUUUUGAAUACA